AUGAUUGAGACCACACGCACUCCAAGGCACGUCAAAGCACUGGUGCGAAGUAAGGCGAUGCAGAAUCGGAUGGGUCAACCCAUGGGGCAGAAUCCUCAGCAAGGCUUCCAACAUCUGCAGUACCCUAUGCAGGCUUCUCAGAUCCCUCAGCAGCCCGGCAUGGGCAUGGGCAUGGGCAACGGUGGUGCACAGCCAGUCGGUCCACAGCAACAAAUGUUCCAGAUGCCAAACGGUCAAGGACAGCCUCCGAACAUGAUGCAGAACCAAACACCGAACGGAAUGCCACAAGAACAAGCCAAGAUUGCCGCAGAGUACCGCAGGCUCAUGAUGACGGCCACACCGCAGGCCAAAGAGCAGGCACGAAGCAUUGUCCAGAACAAAUGGCCCGAUCGAUAUGCCCUGUGCCAGCAGAAAGGACAAGAUGCUGCCGAGUGGCUCUAUUCACAACAGGCCAUGAGCAAUGUCGCCAAAGCGAACGCCGCGCAGCGUGCGCAGGCUGGAGGCAUGCCGCCCAAUGCCAAUGCCGCUGGACAUCCCAUGAUGCAAGCCGGAAGAGGCCAGAUGAACCCAGGCAUGAUGACCCCUGGCGUCGCCCAGCAGGGCGUGGCCGCUGGAGGUGACAUUGUACAAUUCAGCUCAAACAUGGAGAGCAUCAUGAACCAGCAAAAGGCUGGAAUACUCGCUCAAGAGCAGGGUCAGAUGGUCGUUCCCGCCAAUACUGGUCCGGCCCGCAACGCCACUCCCCAACCGCACGCGGGCGCUCAAGGACAGCAGGGUCCAAACCAGACGCCUCGCCGCAACAUGCCCAGCAAGCUCAGCAGCAGCAACCACCCUUCAACAUGCAGCAGGCUCAGCAGCAGGCCAUGGCGCAACAGCAGGCGCAGCAGCGAGCGCAGCAGCAGGCCCGUCAGUUGCAAGCAGCUGAGUGAGACUAUGAACAGGUGGCAAGAGCAGCGACAAAAGCAGCAGCUACAGGCCAUGGCGCAAGCUGGCAAGGCCCCUGGUCAGAUGCAAAACCGGCCUGGGCAACCCGGUCAGUUCAACCAGCAGAAUGGUGUCAAUGGGAUGGGUAUGCCCAACGGCGGUGGGCAACAGACCCCGGGCGGUGGCCCAGGCAGCGCCCAGAUGCUUGCUGCGCAACAAGCGAUGCUCGCGCGCGUCCGUCAGAACCAGCCCAUCACUCCCCAACAACAGAACGCCAUGGACGGCAUGGAUGUACCGCCGCAGGUGCUCAUGGGCUUUACUAAUCAGUUCCGUCUCAACCCCGAGGUGCGCAAGUGGCGGGAGCUCAAGGCCUGGAUGGCACAGAACCAAGUUCCUCAGCAGACGAUGGAGCAGGUGGAGAAGUACCAGCGUCAGCAAUUCGCAGGCCAUAUGCAGAAGCAAAUGGAGCGUAGGACGCUCCAGGCGCAGCAGCAGCAGCAACAUCAGCAGCAGCAGCAGCAGCAGCAGCAACAGCAGCAGCAGCAGCAACAGCAGCAACAGCAGCAACAGCAACAGCAGCUAAUGCAGCAGCAACAACAGCAAUUGCAACAGCAGCCGCCGAUGAUGCAGCAGCCUCAACUCCCCUCAGCAACAACCACCCCAGCAGCAGGGCGGCAUGCCACCAGGAGAUCCGAGACAAGCAGCCCAAGGCGGCGAAGUUGCCAUUCCGAACAGAUUCGGAGAUUCAUCAUUACUCAGCGCCAGCGACAACACCAGGAGAUGGUGUUGCGCCAGCAGCAACAGCAGAAUGCCAUGGUGGCUUCACGCUCGACCCCAGGUAUGCCUGGUCCCGGACCACAGCAGCAGCCCGGCCAGGGUAUGCAGGGACCAGGUGUUCCUGCAACCACAACACAGCCUCAGAAUGUGCAGGCCGCGCAGGCCGCACAGCAACGGCAGCAGAAUGCUGCAGCCGAGUCGAAGGCACCUGCCAGCGCUGCGGCUCGAGCCGCUAAUGCUCCCAACGCAAACCGAGCUGGUCCGAACAAGGCUGCUCAACAGCCAACCCCGUCCCCUGCGGCGGCGCGAAAGAACCUCAAGCGACCCAGCCCUGACGAUACGGCCGAUGCGGCCCCUGCGACCGCCCAACAGCCAACUCAGGCACCCGGUCCCCAGCGCCAGCAGAUGCCGGUGAAGAUGCCACAGUUCACUGCAGAGCAGUUGGCCUCCAUGACACCGGAGCAAAGGGCAAAGCUGGAGCAGCUCAGGAGAGCCCAGUCGCAGUCACAAGAGAACGUCUGGUUUGAGCGUCUCAAGCAGAUCGGCCAGGAAGAGCAAAGAAGCGCGGCUCAAGAUGUCAUGGCCGACAUUCCCAUGUCAGCCGAGGAGAGACAGCAGACUCUGUCCAAGCUCCAGUCGACCAUGGGUCAUAUGGGCCGGGUUGGCAAGGUUCUCGGCAAGUGGUUUGCGCACACACGAGAUGAGACGAGAGCUCGCAAGUAUUUCAGCAUGCGACUGCGCCUUAUCAGGCAGUUUGAAGAUGGCGACCAGAUGCAAAGGCCAAAAGACACAUUCAGCCUUCGCCAGUCCGAGCUCGACGACGUGGUGAAGCUGUUGGAGAGUAUGGUCAAGGACAUUAGCAACAAGCGGGCGCCCGCAGGCGCGCCGCCCCAAGGACAGACCGGCGGCAACCCGCCUGCGCCGUUGAGUGCGGCCAACUUGGAGAAGCAGACGCAAGCUCUGAACAAGAUGCACAAUCGAUCCAACAGCAAGAGUGGCCAGGCGCCAGCCGCACCUACAACGAGCCAGCCGCCGUUCCAGCUUGGUGCCCAAUCGCCACAUGGACAGCCAGCCUACGUGGGCAAGCCCACGGUCAACCGAGACAACCUGCAGCUGCCUCCUCGGAAGAAGACAAAGACGGGGACCGAGCAUCCGACGCCUCCCAACCCAUCACAGGCCACGCCGUCCCCGCAAAUCAGCAAGACGUCGUCCCCAGAGGUCAAGCGGCAACCUGAGGUUAAAGCACCGCCUCCUGCGCCCCCCAAGCCGGCCUUCCUGUGCAGCGAGCCCGACUGUGAAAUGGCCAGCACUGGCUUCCCUUCGGAACAGGCUCGACAGGCGCACAUUCAGGAGGAGCACGUCAAGCCGCUCGAGGACCCCAUCAAGUUCAUGCAAGAGAACCUUGCUGAUUACCUUGGCCUCGACUCGAACGGGCGGAUCGUCGCUGACGCGCAGGCGGCGGGCGCAGUUCCGAUCAAGCAGGGACUGACGCCAGUCAGUACGGCGGCGACGCCCAUGUCUCGUGACGUCUCGAUGCAGCGGACGGCCAGCAAGGUUGGCGGCAAACUGGCCGUCAAGGGAGCCAAUGCGAAGGCCGGGGCCGACAAGGCGGGCGAAGCUGUGGCAUCUGGCGCCGUGCCCCAGGCGACGAUGGACCCCUGGGCCAACACGGUGGACCCGUCGACGCUGUUCCAGAAGUUUGGUACCUUUGAUUUCGGCAUGAACGGGGCCAUGACCAACAUGAGUGUCUACCGGGCGCUGACACCAAACGACACGCCCGAGUCGAGCAAGGACAGCGGGCUGUCGGAGCCCAACAGCGAAAUAUCGGAAAAUGCCGGCCUCGACAUUGACAUAAACUGGCAGAGCAUGGACGCGGAGCUGCUUAUGGAUAUCGACAAGAUUAACAUGGACGGGCUUGAAACGCUGCAAGACGGCGGGAUGCAGUUCGACGCAAGCAUGUUUGGCGAGUCCAUCUCGAUUGAGCAGUACCCGGACUGGGAUGAUGUGCACGUGGACUUUGACAAGCCGGUGCAGCUUGACGCUAGUCUGUACGGGAUGGAUGUGUAG